UUAUUGGAGGGAUAUGGCUUGAUAUAAUUUAAGAAUUAACGCUUUAAAAAUAUGGAGAGUUCAAUCUGGAUUUUUAGUUCCGUUAAUUUUAAACGAGGGUAAAUACUACCUGUACCCCGUCCACUCAGCGCGCACACGUCAAUCACCACAUGACGGCGCCACGUAGCAACAUUUUCAAUGGCAAUAUUUCAGCGACACGGUAGCAACAAAUAUAUAGUUGUAUAGGCCACAUUUCUUUUUAACAGCUUUUUCUCUUCUAAUUCGUCAAAGUUUUAACAAACGUGGAUCUGCAAAAGGCUUACCCAUCGAAUGUCCUCGGCUGCGCAGUUGGAAACAUAUUUUUAUUAGGAAGUCGCUUUUAAAAUGUAUAAUUAUGAACUACUGUAAAGUUUAGGUAGUAAUAGUUGUGCUUUGUUUACAGUUUAAUUUGUAGCUAGCCAGGAAAUUGAAUGAAUAACCUUUCCCCAAACGUUGACAUGGUGACCAGUGAACUGGUACUUUCGGGCUAAUGGCAGUCGGCUGGGACGGGAUGUAGUUCAAAACAAGAGGCUGCGAGUUUAUGAGCAUCUCAUUAUCCUCCUGUUCACCAUCCUUUCAUUCUCACCCAGAUUCAACAAAGGACCUCCAACAACCCACCGGAAGCUUAACCGUUCCUAACGAAUCCGCGGUUCUCCCUUUCCUCAAUCUUCACAGCUUGUAGCAUCAACCGUGUUGCCAAUCCAAAGAUUUUCCUUAAUGAUACAAUAUCUGGCUCACGAAGCCGCACCUUUUUGGGAAGUAAAAACGAACAACGGUAUGCGUUUUUCUAAUAAAGUCGCUUUCCACUUGGAGUGUCUGGCUGGAUCAAGACAGUAACUGGUUUAUCAACGAUAGGCUAAAAGUUUCACAAGACCGUUGUGGAGUUACUUUGAAGUACAGACAACGAGCAAUAAUUUGAUAAGAAAUGAACACGGUCGGCGCCGAUAAACAUACAACAAACCUCACUCGGCUUUGUUGCAGUUGUAACGACAUAACAGUGUUUGUUCAGAACUGGACUGUUGCUAUUUAUAGAGUGACGAUCGCGGUGAACUCCGCCCCGGUCUGCAAAGGACAGGCUGCUCUACCGAGCUAAGCGCUUAAGCAAACGCGACGCCUGCAGCAGCUCUUCGCUAUGCGCACACCAGGACCUCCGUCCGUUUGAAUUCGCACAGGUCUACUGAUCUGGCUCGAAGUGCCACCACCGUAGACCAAGUAGAGGAGAGAGGGGUACCUGGAUUUAUAGCCAAUGCUCGUCAUUUCAAUGAUUGUACAACUCACUCCUCACUUGGCCCCUCAUGGACACACUGGUGGCGCCUGCUUCCCUGUGCUUGUGAGGUGAUGCUGCACUGACGCCCCUGCGGAUGGCGUGCCGUCCAGGCUCCCGUCACAUGACGGGGCACGCAGCGCCCGGACCGCAGCGCUCGGACCUCGCUCACAUGAUGGCCGCCCUGGAGGUUCUGAGCGGGUCCGGCCCGGUCCCGGAGAGCAAGGGGCGGCUGGUGGAGAGGAUUCUGCGGGAGCCGGAUCGAGAGGGGUGCGUCGGCGUGCUGGGGCGUUCGCUCAGGUCCUCGGACUCCCGGUUGUGCAGUACUGCAGCUUACCUCCUGGGGGCGCUGGUGGAGAGAGACGGCUGGGUGCAGGAGACCCUGGAAGGGACGCAGGGGGACAGCGCUGGGCUAGUGGGGGCCUUAGGGAGGCUCCUGACCCACGACGACCCGGACACUGUGAUGAACGCUGCGGGGGCCAUCGCCUCAUUGGUGGGGAGCAGUGUGGGGCGCGGCCGGCUCCUGAGGGAGGAGGAGGUUUUUGGGGAGGUGCUGGCCAGCCUGCCCACCCUGCUGCGUGAGGAGCGGGAGAGCACGGUCAACUACGCCGCCCUGGUGGUGGCCCGUCUGUCCCUGUGUGAGGAGGCCUGCCAGCGCCUGCUGCAGCACCCCUCUGCCCCCCACACACUGAGGAGCCUGGCACAGUGCCUGGCACACAGCCACACAGACACCGCCAUGAACGCCGCGUUUGCCGUGGGCCGACUCUGUGGAACUGAGGCGGGCAGGAGCUUGAUACUGGCCCUGGAACAAGAGCACCAGCUGGUCAGCAGUCUUCAAGCCCUGCUCUGUGAGGGGAGGUGGCCAGGGGCGGGGCAGACUGCCUGCUUUGCCCUGAGUUGCCUAGUAACAGAAGAGGAUGGCCACACCCUGGUCCUGGGAAGCCCUGCCUUUCCCCACCUGCUGGACGGCUUACUGCGCCACCUACUGGAAGAGGAGCACGACAGCGCCUGGUUUGCGGCCAUGACAGUGAAGGUGUUAGUCUCAAGGCCCAGGGGAGUGCUGUGUGUGAGAGAGCACUCUCUCUUAGAGGAGCGACUGCAGUCUCUCUCUCAGUCCCGCUCCAUCAGUCAGGAGCUCCAGGAGGAAGUGAGCGCGUGUCUGAGGAGGCUGCAGCGCCUCUCCAAACCCCUUCCCCCGAAAACGAGCUGCCGUCCCUCUGGUUCCCACGUGGUAUCGUGGGAGAAAUGCGCUCCCGAGAGUGGGCUGGAGGUCACGUACAGCCUCCUGGACAGAGACAAGGUUUUGUACAGGGGUAACCAGUGUCACCUGACCCUUCCUAACUCGGCGCUCCAAUCCGGACGCACUCUCUCUCUCCGCCUCGUCCAGUCCACCGACGGCGGUGAUGUCAGCCCCUGCAGCGAGCCCACCCUAUUGGCCGUGGAUAGCAAAGGGGCGGAGCUAGUGCCCGGUCCGCCGCGGCAGCUGCGCGUGAUUGGCUGCACUCCGACUCAGGUGCGGCUGAGCUGGUGCGCGCCGGAGGGAGGGGUCAAACCCAGGCUUUACCAGCUUUACCGCGGGGAAACGCUGCUGGAGACGACCGCAGAGCCAGGGGCCAUCGUGGGCGGGCUGUCUCCAGGGACGCUGUACCAGCUGGGGGUGUGCGCGGUGGGGCCGGGGGACGCGCCGGGGGAGCGCGCCACGGUGGACGCCCGGACGCCCGAGUGCCAGGACCACGCCCCCUCGGGGCUGGCGAUGACCGUGCUGGGCCGCCACGAGCUGCUGGUCAGCUGGGGGGCCCCCGCCCUGCCCCUGGGCCGCCUCUUUAACUACGAGCUGCGGCUGAACGGGCGCGUGGCCUACCUGGGCACCGAGCGGGCCUACACCGCCCGCCGGCUCACCGCCAGCACCGCCUACACCUGCACCGUCACCGCCAUCACCUCCAGGGGGCGCUGCCAGAGCCGCCCGGUCACCAAGAGGACCGCCCGCGACGAGUAUGUGCACACACAGAGGUGCCUGUACUCCCCAUCCCGCCAACUGGCCACACACACUCCUGCCCCGUCCCCUCCAGUCAGGGAGGUCUCUGAGGUCAGGGAGAAGGUCAAAAGGGCGCCAUCACCUCAUGGCCAUCGACCAAAGGGCCAUAUGUCUGCUCAGAGUGAGAGAGAGACAGCCGGCAACAGAGACAGGCACAGGCGGCCCUCAAUUUUGGUUCAUUCCCCUGGUUCUGACAGCAGCCAAACGUCCAUCCAGUCUACUGAGGAGGCUGUGGGCGCUGUUAGUGGGUGUGACCUAAAGGCCUUGCGGAGGAGUGCCAGGGAGAGUGUUGGGAGGGUCGAAGCAAAGAGCGCUCCACAUCGCCCCCUGCUGGCCCGCCGUGCUGGGACUGCAGGGGACCUGCCGCUCCGACAAACUCCUCCUACCACGCCACACCGUGUGGGCCCCACACCACACCCUGCGGGUCCCAGCCCAAUGGGGGACAAAGCCAACAUGGGAGUGCUGCUGCAGCACAGUGCUCCAGGAGGUGGCGCCAGUGAGCAGGGGACUCUGCCCAGCAUUGCACACCGUGUCCGGUUGGUGAAGUGCAUCCAGCCUGUGCACCAUGUGUGGUCAGAACUGGACCGGCCCAAUCUGGACUGGAUAGAACAAAAACAGAGCCGGAUGCGGGGAGACAGAUCCACGGUCAUGAGGCAGCCAACAGUAAGGAGUGAAAUCAGGCCGGGUCAUUCCAUGAGAACAAACCGCAGGGUGCUGAGCUGAACUCAGCGCAACGGGCUGUACCAACAGUCAGAAAACAUGGGGGGCAUCAACUGCAUGCAGUGGGCUGUACCAACAGUCCGAAAACGUGGGGGCAUUAACUGCAUGCUCUCCAAAGGGAGAAACACACAGCCUGAGGAGCAGAGAGGCUUGAACAUCAGUGAGACACAGGCUGAGUUCUCCAGCCUAACUGUAAAGCUUGUAAAAUUGCAGCCUUAGAACAGAGUUUACCAAAGGUUUUUUGGGGGACAGCCAGUUUGCAGCCAAUUUCCAAAGCCAUGUCUUUCUCUACAGCCUACACUUUUUCAUAUACCUGUAUUUAAAUUCCAAAUCAUUUUUAUUAUUCAACUCUGACAUUUCUGACAAAUAUAUUACUGUCAGAUAAUAAAACGUGUUAGUCCCUUGGGGAAUAUCCAAGGACAUUGAAGUAUUCUGAUCUUUUUAAAUACUGUAGCAACAACAGGAUGUCUGUGCCCUGGAAUUCUGACACUGAUUGGACUGUGGUGCUUUUAAAAUCAGAGUGAGGAGGGAUGAGGGGGUGCUGUCUGUGUGUUUCUGUUAUUGUUUUCAUAGUAUUAUCAUGUGUCUUUUGACUGCUAUAGUGCAAGACAGAGUACAGCCAUGGUCAAAAUGGUGGAAACGGCUGUGCAGUGUGCAGUGAUUUUAAUCAACCUAGCAGCUAAUACUGGACGGACGUGCGUGUGUUUCUGUGUUCAACAUUCCCAAAUACCCGUGUCUCGAAUCACUGAAAUGACUUUCUGAUUUUAAAUUGUCUGCAAUGCUAUCCCUACAAUCCUAAACCAUCAGAUUUCUCCUAUACAUCAAUCAGGAACUGAAUAAAGCACAGCACAGUUCUGCAUCAAA